AUGUCGAUCCGCAUCGCUCUCGACAACCAACCCGAGUUCUACACAAACCUCGAUCAUGUCGCCGGCCGCGUCAUUCUUGGCCUCAACCGCGCCGAGCAGGUCGGCAACAUCGUCGUCAAGCUCGAAGGCGAGUCCGUCACCGCCUUGCAGGUCCCGAACCCGUACGAGCUCGAGACCGGCGGCCACCCGCCCGGUCCGCUGCCAGGCCCGCCCGGAAGCGUCGUCGGCGAGAACCACAAAGUCCUCUACAAGGUGCAGCAAGUCUUCCCGGAUGAGUAUCAUGCCAGCUCGAGCAGCCCCUACGGCGCCUUUCCGCUCCAACCCGGCGAGCACGAGUUCCCCUUCCGGUUCAAGCUGCCGAUCAACAACGCCUGCAGCGACCCGGAAGCCAUGUCCCGCAUCGGCGGCCUCGGCGGCCUCCACGGCUUUGCCUCCGGAGCUGGCUUGUUCGGCAUGGGCGGCGUCCGCGUCAUGGACGGGAGCAAGCAGCUGUUCCUCAAGCACGUCACCCGCACCCUACCCCCGUCCCUGACCGGAUACCCCGGCGAGGCGGAGAUCAAGUACUACAUCAAGGUCACCGUUCAGCGGCCUGGCUUCCUCAAGGAAAAUUGGCGCUUCCAGGUCGGCUUCAAGUUCCUGCCCAUCGAGCCUCCUCGACCUGCUCAGAGCGGCCAGGAGGCCUUUGCACGCCGACCUUUCGCCUUUCGGCCGCGGACGCCGCCGUUGCCGGAGAGGAAGCGCAGCUCCUUCUUCGGCAGGAAAUCGGACGCGUCCAUCGGCUCGGCUGCCGAUCCGUCCUCGUCCGCACCCGCCGACUCCCCCCACCUGCCGGCCGCCCCGUCCAUCGAGAUGGCCGGCCGGUUGCCGCAUCCCGCCGUCUUCACCUGCAACCAGCCUAUACCCCUCCGUCUCAUCGCCAAGAAGCUCGUCGACUGCCACGAGCAGGUCCGCCUCAUUUCCUUUCAGAUGGACCUCAUUGGCAUCACCGAGGUGCGCUCCCGGACCUUGCUCAACAAGAAAAUCAACCGAUGGGUCGUCGCCGCCCACUCCGAUCUUGACAUCGCCCUCUCGGCAUCUCCCCAGGACGAGGUUGGUAAUGAAUUCACGGUGCCGGACGAGCUGUGGAAGAGCAAGCCGCUACCGAACACCGUCGCCCCGUCCUUUUCGACCUGCAACCUCUCGCGUCGGUACGAGCUCGAGCUGAAGCUCGGCCUGGCCUGGGGCAAACCCAAGUCGAGCUUGCUAGGCAAAGGCAGCUACAGCCAAGGUCAAACCAUUUUCCUCCCUCUUCAUUUCUCCGAAAUCACCGUCUUUUCUGGCAUCACGCCGCCGCCCGAGCUGGUCGAGGCCGCUAGGAAUACCCAACCAGGACGGGCGACGCUGCAAAUCCCCCCUCGCUUACCCCCUCGAGCUUCCUCGGCCCCCUCAUCGUCGUCGUCGCAACAAAACCAGGGACGACCACCCCUGCCUCCGCAUCCCGUCAACGACCCCCUAUACCCCCCGCAGCUGCAACCGGGUCAGACGGUGCCGCCGUACGACGAUGCGCCCCCGAGCUACGACGAGGCCAUGGCCGAGAACCUGUCCGGGCCCUUUGACGGCACCCAGCCGAGGCCAGCCUACAGCGGCAUCACGAACGAGAACGCGCCUAGUCAAAUGCCGGCGAAGAGCUGA